UCCUCUGGCCUGAGCAACCACACAGAACUGCACACAUAACACAACAGGGUGCGCGCCUGUGCCCGACUCGCCGCCUCUCUCGCCCACAGACACGCGGCCCUUCCCGAUCCUCAACUCUUGGAGCUGUCGGGAAGGGGGGGGGGGCAUUGUGAGGCUUGGAAAUGCCCCUGCAGCAGGCAAAACGAAGAUUGGAACUAGAAGAACCUGGACAGCAAUUUCUACCUGAAGGAUUGAGAACGCCAAAGGGGAAGGGCAGAGCUGCAACAAGAAGUCCAGAGAGUCCAAAAACUCCCAAAUCUCCUUCAGAAAAGACACGGUAUGAUACAUCACUUGGCCUUCUCACAAAGAAGUUUAUUCAAUUAUUAAGCCAGUCUCCUGAUGGUGUGGUAGAUCUGAACAAAGCAGCCGAGGUCCUUAAGGUACAGAAAAGGAGGAUUUAUGAUAUUACAAAUGUUCUGGAAGGCAUUCAUCUCAUUAAGAAAAAAUCCAAGAACAACAUUCAGUGGAUGGGCUGCAGUCUCUCUGAUUUCGGGGGCAUGUUGGCACACUGUCAAGGCUUGUCAAAAGAGGUAGCAGAACUCAGCCAGGAAGAAAAGAAGCUGGAUGAGUUAAUCCAAAGCUGCUCUCAUGACCUCAAACUGCUAAAGGAUUCUGAAGAUCGGAGAUUAGCGUAUGUUAGGUAUGAAGAUAUUCAAGAAAUUAGGAGCCUUAAAGACCAAACUGUCAUACUUGUCAAAGCUCCUCCAGAAACAAAACUUGAAAUGCUUGACCCAGAAAAGAAUAAGCUGAUACACUUAUGUAGUACUCAAGGACCUAUUGAAGUAUACUUGUGUCCAGAAGAAACCGACUACUCCACUCGUAUAAAAACUCAGGAUCAGGAUCACAAUGGAAAUAUCUCAAGAAACAUUUCCAAAGAUCUGAACUCUGAUAACUCAGGAGGUCCUGACUGUUCAGAAAAUGCCACGGCCAUCUCCCCAUUAGUUUCUACCACUAACCUUUUGCAACAGACAGAGGACCAAAUUACUUCAAGUCUUGAUGGCCCAUUUGUAAACUUGCUGCCACCUUUACUUCAUGAAGACUAUCUGCUUGGGCUUGGUGAAGAAGAAGGGAUUAGUGACCUCUUUGAUGCUUAUGACUUUGAAAAAGUACCUGCCUUGAUGGAUGGAUUUUUAUGCAGCUGAUUUUUGUUUCUAUUUUCCUUUUAAAAAUGAAACCAGAAUACCUGCUGACAUUCCACACUAUCUCUCCUCUUAUCUCCUAACCCUUAUUCCAUUUCAAAGAUUAGAAAUUAUAGUAUUUCAUAUUUAUAUGGAAAUACUUCAUAAAAUGUACACAGAAUGGCAGACUUUCUUAUCAGUUACCUAAACCUCAAAUUCAGGCAGCUACUGAUUUAGUAAUUAUAAAACAGUGCACAGAGAAUUGGAGGAAAUGGCUACGCCUAUUUUAUUCUGGUAUACUGUGUCUAUAAGUUUCAUAAAGGGCUAAAGAACUGUUUUAGCCAAAAAUAGCAUUUUUUUUCCUUACGAUUUCAAGCUGUGCCUUCUGUAAAACAUGUCUGUUCAACUUUUUCAUUCAAAGAGUAACUGCAGAGAAGUAUGCUUGAGAUACACAAACAAAAAUGUGAAAUAGACUUCUUCCAAAGUUAUCUAGAAAUAUUUAAAUUCUUAUCUGUGCUCCAUUUUUGAGCAUUCACUUAUCACUGAGGAUAUUAAUAAGUCUCAAAUAAUUGUUAAUAUGAAUAGGUUUUAAAGAUAUUGCUGUCCAAGGUGAAAGAGAAGGGGUGACCCCAGUCAACGCAGUAUAUCUGGGUAGCCUCUAAGUAACCUGUUAAAAAAAUGAAAAGUUGUGCAUAUCAGCUGCUUUAGAGAGAGUAGGCAGGGUGGAUUGAUUCUAGCUUCUAUCACUGUCUGUAGAAUAGUCCAGUGGAUUUUACCUUCUUUCCAAAGAGCUAGUUUUAUACAGCCCAUCUUCGUAUUUGGCUGGUGAACUGCACGCAGUAUCAGUUUCUGCAUGUAGUCGUCAACCCGUUUCACCUUCAGAUUACUGAAGGUGAUUAUUUUCCCCACUGGAAAGAAAUUUUGUAAUGAGGAAGUCCCUUGCUAUAAUAUAAAGCAAAGAUGCACAGUUCAAUUUCACUGUCUGCAAAGUGCAACAGGACUGGCACGUGAAGUUUGUGGUACGAAGUGGGGCUCUGUGUUAAGUGCCUACCAGAAUUGCACUGUGGGCUUUAUUUUUUAAUUUUUUUUGCUGAGAAAUACUAUUUAAGCCAAGCUUCACUUUUUCAGUACUCUGUGUUUAUUUGAGAAGGUUAGUUGCUUUCACUUCCCAUUUUGGAAGUUGCUACAAAGCUGACAUUUCACCCAAAGUGUAAAUAAUAUACUUGUCAAGAUUGUCUUCGCUGAAUUUUAAUUGAUAUCUCUUUGCUGACAUAAUGUGCUUUCUGAAAAUGGAUAGAAUUCAUACAUGUAAACAUAGUUGUAUGAAAUGUCACUUUGGUUAAUUAGUUGAAUAGUUUAAGCAGUAUACAUUAAUUUUUCUACAUGAUGUUUAAAACAUUUCUAAAAUGUUCGUUUUAAAUAAUAUAUGUGCAGGUUUUCUGGUACCAUUGAAAUGCUGCUACAGACACUCACAAAUGAAAUGGCUGAGUAAUAGUAUGAAAGUUGUACGAUUGAGCCUUGGAAAAUAAUUGUGUAAAAAAAGGCAACACAUUGAGAACUGUUAAACAGUAUUAAAUGUGUUUUAUAUGUAUACAAACAUGUGCAUAGUUAAUUGGUUAUUUAAGUUGUAUGUUCUUAAACUAUAGUCAUAUAACUGUUUUGUACAAUAGGAAUGAAUUUGUAAAGCCUGCAGAGUAUUUUAUAGUUAGCUUGUUAUUUCUUUUAAAAAAAAAACCAUAAAACCUUAAAUCUGUAAAUAAAAAAUGUAGUAUUUAAGUAUGUCAUAUGAAGAAACAGGAGUUUGUGUACGCAUGAAUACUUUUAUUAUAUGAAGAGGAUCUCUGGGUAGAAUAAAAUGAAAGGGAAGAAAAUAAAAUGCCAUUUUGUACAAUUACAUACUUUCCCCAGUGUAUCAGCAAAAUACUAACCUUAAUAUACUUUGAUUAGUAUGUUAGUUCCAAAAUGUGUAAAAUAAUGUAAAAAAAAACAAAAAUAAAUUUUCAUUUGUAAAGGCAACCUGUUCUAUAGCUGGGACCUUGCCUUAUUAAA